CUAAAUGGCGAUCGAUGUUGGCUUGAACUGAAACUAAGGGUCAAUCAGCAUCGUUUGCCACCUAAAUUUCCCUGAAAAUUGCAAAGGACUCUUCAAGGACCAAGACCAUUUCAACGCCAUGUGGUGCCGUUUGAACUUUGAAGUCGUCGGCAAAGUCUUCUGUUUUAUUUUACUGAUAUUACAAGGGGCGAUUCUGGAUUAUUACCUCUACGAGCACCACGAGUUCAAAUCCCUUGGAUUUAUUGCAACUGACGUUGUAGUGGUUGUCAUAUGGAUAGGCGUGAUGUUCAUGGCAAAACGAAAAUUCCUCUCCAAAAAAUGGAAAAAUCUCCGACGAAAAAAGGAAAAAACUGACGGAAAACCCCGGCCUGUAAAAGUAGCGAAUGAUGGUGCAGACGAAAUCGCGUUUGUUUUUAUCGCUUGGCUGGCAUAUGUUGGCAUCACACUUGUCCCUGAGAUAGCAGUGAUUUUUAAAAGAUUUGCUGAUCAGCUUGGAGAUGCCAAAGUAUUUGGGCAGAACUUUCUUAAAGUUGCACUCUGUAUCACCCCAAUGUUAUUUCUGCUACUAGUGAAUUCACAUCACGACGCCAAGCCCUUCUCUAAACGAAGAAUCUGCAUUGAUAAACUGUCAGCUGGAGUUACAUUGGAUCUUCUAGACAGCAUUGAUAUUUUGGAGAUUUUGUUUAUGGAUGAUAGAGAACUAAACCUUCCAAUUGCAUUGGAAAAUGCAAUAAUUGCAUUUGCAUGCAUUAAUUUUUUCUUACCCACCCUAGCACUGCUUCAGUUGAGUGCAAUUCUAAAAGGUGAGGUGCGUUCCACCACUUUUCAGAUCAUGUACUCAAUAUCAUACAUUUUUCUGGUUAAUGUACCCUUAGGGGUCAUCAGGAUUGUCCUAUGGACCAAAUUUAACCAAGACGUGUCAGUGUUUAUCGGAAAGAACAUAAUUGCUUCAGCCAUCUACAUGUUUGAUAUCUACACAACUUGUGGCCCUGAGCAACCAAUGCAUUGCCCAAGGUGUGGAGGAUAUUAUGCACCAGAUUCAGUUGAUGGUCACAAAGCUGUAUGUGCUUGCAAUUCACUAGAUGAAGAUGAAGCUGGUAUGCCAAUGACCUCUCCCUUAACAGAAUUACCAUCUCCAGUAUGAAAAGAGACAGCCAGCAAGUAAAUGCAUAUGUAGAGGACUAGCUUAAAUUGAAGGAAACACAGCAGUGGUUCUAAUGACUCGGUGACAUGCAUCUAAGUUGUCAGAACCGAUUUGUCUCACAGGUGGUGACAAUUAUUUUACAUAUUUUGUAGGACAAUGGUUGUUUUUUUAUGUUUCCCUUGAAUUUUUGCACACAAAAUAAAUUGGUGUGCAGCUGGCUGAAAAUUGUUGUCCUUGUGCAUGCUAAAUGUGAGACUAUUGUGUUAUUGAGGGUAAGGUAAGUAGUGUUGCCUUUAAUCCUAUUUAACCUAUUGGGGUGAUCAGCAUCUAACUUCUCCCAACAGUGUCACCCUUGAAUCAAACAUUAAAGUAAUGAGAAUAAAGAAAAUGACCAUAAACUCAAAGUAGCUGGUGAUUGUAAUACAAAUUCUCCUUGUAAGUACCAUAGAAAAUGUAUAGUGAACAGUAAUGAGAAUAUGCAUUGUGAUAUUAAGGUGUAAAGGUUUGAUAAGAGAAACUUUGGAUAGUUGAUCAUU